CCCGGUGGAUGGGAACAAACUUCAGAACCGGGAGAGACACUGGGCCCAGGGCACCCUCGCGGGCGGACCCAGGCAGUGAAGGCCUGUGGUCAACCAGACAGCGCAGGGCAGCGGCGUGGCAGCGUGUGCGGCGGGGACCUGAGUGGAAACACCCCGAGCCCUCAGCGUGCAGCUCUGGACUCCCUGGCGAUGCCGCACAACUCCAUCAGAUCUGGCCAUGGAGGGCUGAACCAGCUAGGAGGGGCUUUUGUGAAUGGCAGACCCCUGCCUGAAGUGGUGCGUCAACGCAUUGUGGACCUUGCUCACCAGGGUGUAAGGCCUUGUGACAUCUCCCGCCAGCUUCGAGUCAGCCAUGGCUGUGUCAGCAAGAUCCUUGGCAGUAGGUACUACGAGACUGGCAGCAUCCGGCCUGGAGUGAUAGGGGGCUCCAAGCCCAAGGUGGCCACCCCCAAAGUGGUGGAGAAGAUCGGAGACUACAAGCGGCAGAACCCAACCAUGUUUGCCUGGGAGAUUCGAGACCGGCUGCUGGCUGAGGGCGUCUGUGACAAUGACACUGUGCCCAGUGUCAGCUCCAUCAACCGAAUCAUCCGGACCAAAGUACAGCAACCAUUCAACCUCCCAAUGGACAGCUGUGUGGCCACCAAGUCCCUGAGCCCAGGACACACACUGAUCCCCAGCUCAGCUGUAACACCUCCUGAGUCACCCCAGUCAGACUCCCUGGGUUCCACCUACUCCAUCAAUGGACUCCUGGGGAUUGCUCAGCCUGGCAGCGAGAACAAGAGGAAAAUGGAUGACAGUGACCAGGACAGCUGUCGGCUGAGCAUUGACUCCCAGAGCAGCAGCAGUGGGCCCCGCAAGCACCUCCGCACAGACGCCUUUAGCCAGCAUCACCUCGAGUCCCUGGAGUGUCCUUUUGAACGGCAGCACUACCCAGAGGCCUAUGCCUCCCCCAACCACACCAAAGGCGAGCAGGGCCUCUAUCCAUUGCCCUUGCUCAACAGUGCGCUGGACGACGGGAAGGCCACCCUGACCCCUUCCAACACACCCUUGGGGCGAAAUCUCUCCACUCACCAGACCUACCCAGUGGUGGCAGAUCCUCAUUCACCCUUCGCCAUAAAGCAGGAAACCCCCGAGGUGUCCAGUUCUAGCUCCACCCCUUCCUCUUUAUCUAGCUCCGCCUUUUUGGAUCUGCAGCAAGUCGGCUCCGGGGUCCCAGCCGGUGCCUCGGUCCCGCCCUUCAAUGCCUUUUCCCAUGCUGCCUCCGUGUACGGGCAGUUCACGGGCCAGGCCCUCCUCUCAGGGCGAGAGAUGGUGGGGCCCACGCUUCCUGGAUACCCACCCCAUAUCCCCACAAGUGGGCAGGGCAGCUAUGCCUCUUCUGCCAUCGCAGGCAUGGUGGCAGGAAGUGAAUACUCUGGCAAUGCCUAUGGCCACACCCCCUACUCCUCCUACAGUGAGGCCUGGCGCUUCCCCAACUCCAGCUUGCUGAGUUCCCCAUAUUAUUACAGUUCCACAUCAAGGCCUAGCGCACCACCCACCACUGCCACGGCCUUUGACCAUCUGUAGUUGCCAUGGGGACAGUGGGAACCACUGAGCUAGCGACAGGAGGACUCAACCUGGGACAGGCCCCAGAGAGUCUCACAAAAGAAGCUUUAUUUAUUACACGAAAAAUAACCACAAGUCCAGCAUUUUGACUCACUCCCUGAGUGGCUGAUUUAAUGAACCAUAAAAGACAGGAAGACUUUGGAGAAGGCCAAGCUGUCCUCUAAGACUCCUUAAUGAGAGGCAGGAGUCCCAAGGAAAGAGAAUCCUCCUAUUCUGAGACACAACAGGAGAAGAAAUGUGGAGAGAAGAGGGAAUCGCCACGGAGCUGGAGGAGGAGGAUGACAAUUGGACCCGAUAUGGGCUUGGGGUGCACAUGACACCUCCAUAAAUCCAUCACCAACAUACUCUAACAGUCAUGGGCAGUCAGCACUUCCAGCUCUCCCCCACAACCACCCUGAGGCUCUGAUUGUCCACCUUUUCGUAGCUUGCUUAUUCUUCUUACACCUUCAUGGCCAUGAGCUGAGGACUGGGCUAAGUCCACCAGAAGCACCACUCAGUGGCCACUGUACUGUCCUAGGAUCAUAUCCCAAGUCUACAUGGCCAAUGGUCCUUCCUUGGGCAGCCAUACUUGCCAGCCAGCCAGACAUUCCAAGUGGGCCUGGCUCCCAAGGGUGAGGGCAACUCUGCCCCCGAAGAGUAAGGGAGAAUUCUGGGGACCUGCUUCCAUCUGCCAACAGCCCCUGGCAAGCUAAGUGUUUCUUGCAGACCAAACCCACAGUGACUGAAGAGACCUUGAAGCAACCCUGGAAACCAGCAAGGGAUGGUCCUUCUCUGCACUCUGCAUCUCCUGCCUCCCAAGCCAACUGUAAAUACUGUAAAUGAAGCCCUGUGUGGGUCAAGCUUUCCUCUUUGAACCUUCAGACUUUGGCUUCUCAGUGAAUUGUCUCCCUGCCAUGUUGGGCUUCUGUCCUUUGAUGCUUCUUUGUUUUUUAAAGAUGACCCACCAUUGCCACAUGACUCAAUAAACCAUUACUCUUCA